AUGGGCCACUCGUCUUUGUGGAUCUUUCUCCUGUCCCUGUCUCUCUCUCAUCAGAGCGUCACAGCACAAGCUGAAGCAUGCAGGACGGUGGUGCAGGCUGACAUCGUGUUUCUGGUGGAUCAGUCGUGGAGUGUGGGACAGACUAGUUUCUCCAGCGUCAAAGACUUCAUCUCAGACAUCAUCUCCUCCUUCCAAGGGAGUGUGAUGGGGACUGAAGGGGUCCGCUUUGGAGUCACUGUGUUUGCAGAUGUCCCGAGGAUGAGAAUUGCUCUGACAGACUACAGCUCCCAGGAGGAGGUUCUCAGAGCCAUCAGGGACCUCCCCUAUGAAGGGGGAUCCAGGAGGAUUGGUCUUGCCCUCCAGUUUCUGGUUGACACCGUGUUUAGCGCCGCCAUCAGUCGGGACCACGCUCCAAAGAUCGCCAUCCUGAUUACAAAUGGACGCUCAGAGGACCAAGUUGGCAUCGGGGCCAAAGCUGUAUCUGACAACGGGAUUUCUCUCUUUGCAGUAGGUGUUAGAGGAGCUGAUGAGUCAGAGCUGAGGAUGAUGGUGUCGCAGCCUCAUGAGGAGCAUCUGUUGCUGGGCACUGACUUUUCUCUCCUGAACACCAUCCUUCUCAAACUGUCCCGCAGGGUGUGCUUCACUGCCUCUGAACCGCCUCGUCCUGUGAAAACAGCCCAGCCAGUCAAAGAGCGUGUGGUGGGUCCCAGAGACCUGCAGGUCAGCGAGGUCGCCCACAGCUCCCUCAGACUGACAUGGACACAAGCCACAAGUGAUGUCACUGGGUAUCGCCUCCUUGUUACGCCUCUCAGCUCCAGGGGACACCUCCUCUCCCUCCAGCAGAGACAAAUUGAUUUGAAGGCAGAUGUGAGCACUACAGUGGUGACAGAUUUGAGUCCUAAAACUGAUUAUUCCCUCACUGUCUAUGCCAUCUACCCCAGCCUUAUUGGAGACUCAGCGACCAUCAACGUCCAGACCACACCUUUGCCUCAGGUUUCCAACUUUCGCAUUAUUGAGGAGGGUCUGUUUUCUCUUCGCCUGGGCUGGACGCCUCCUCUUGGGAAGCUUGACGGAUUCAAGAUCUUCAUUCCGAGAUCAAACCGCCCAGGAUUCACCUAUGAGCACCUGCUUCCAGGAGACUCUUCCUCUCAUGUGAUUGACAGCCUAGAAGAAGACAAGAAGUACAUCAUCAGUAUUUAUGCAGUUUACCCUCAGGGACCAAGUGAACCAGUUUCAGUUGUGGGAAGGACAUUAAAGCUUGUACCAGUGAAGCAGUUCCUGGUCCAAAACGCUACCACAGACACCGUUCAGGCCAGGUGGGCAUCAGUUAAGGGGGCCACAGGAUACCGUCUGACAUGGGCAGCAUCAGACGGUCACAUUGAGAACAUAAACCUUGGUGACACCUUUAAUUUCUACAUGAUCCAGGGCCUAAACCCAGGCUCUGAGUACACCAUCACCAUUAACCCCAUCUUUGGAGACACAGAGGGGCCUGUCACCACCACAACAAUCAAGACAUUGGAAAGCAGUGCAGUACAAACUUUAAAGGUGUCCGCUGUGAGCACAAAUGCCGCUGUCAUCUCCUGGAACAGCGUCCCAGGGGCUACAGGAUACAGGCUGGCCUGGGGACCUACUCCAGAGUUUGUUGGUCGGGACCGGCCCAGGCAGUUGGCUCUGAAUGCAAGCACUACAAAUUACCAGCUGAAGAACGUGGCACAUGAUACAGAGUAUGUCCUGACUCUGUAUGUGCUGUUUGGGCCUGCAGUUGGGCCAGGAAUCAGUGCCACUUUCAGAACUUCUCCACUGGGCUAUGUGUCAAACUUCAAGGUGACAUCCUACACCAGUACUUCCAUAGAUGUGGAGUGGAGUCCCAUUGUUGGAGCCACUGAAUAUAAAUUAACUUGGAAUACAGGGGCCAGCAGCCCUCAGUCCCGUUACCUCGACCGUAGCGUCCUCUUCCAUCGUAUUGAAGACCUCAACCCUCAGUCCACAUACACAAUCACUAUCUGUGCUGUGUACGGCAACUCAGAGGGACCAGAAAUCUCCUUAUCACAACUCACAGCUGCUGUCUCAGACUCAGGGCCAAUCCAGGCAGUAAGGGAGGUGAAGGUUGUGGACAUUGGAGUAAACUCCUUCACCGUGUCUUGGAGGAAAACAUCAGGGUCUUCUGGGUACAGAAUCUCCUGGAUCCCCGUUCAGGGUGGGGAGGAGAAGUCCCAUGUAGUAUCCGCAUCCUCCACCACCUUCACCAUCAAGAACCUGCGGGAGAGCUCGGCCUAUAAGAUCCAGGUCUCCUCCAUGGUGGGCAAACGGGAGGGGAGCCCAGUCCUGGUCACAGCACGCACCUUGGAUCUUCCCAAAGUGAAUGGCUUUGCUGCUCUUAACACAACAGACAGCAGCACUGUCUUAAACUGGACACGUGUGGCCGGUGUAUCUGGGUACCAUCUGACAUGGAGGCACAUCUCAGUGUUGGACACUAAAACAGAGAUUCUGGGCCCUGGCUUCAGCUCUUACAAGAUCACUGAUUUGCUGUAUGGAAGAACCUACAUAUUUACCAUCAAACCUUUAUAUGGAGAAGUGGAGGGCCCCAUCAGCACCGUGUAUCAGAGAAUAUUGGGACAGGAUCCUCUUGAGGCAACAAUCCGGUCCCUGCCGGUCACAGCCACCCCUCGCAUCACGACUGCCUCCAUCAGCAACAUCACCAUCACACAGACAACCAUCAGAACCACCCGACACCCCAUCGCUGUGCCUCCAACCAAAUCCAUAACCACCAAGAAGCCGAGUGUCACUGAGGCCAAACAGACGGGCAUCACUUCCCUUCGAUUAACUACAGGCAGUGCACAAAGAUCAGGUAUCCAUUCAUUCAUCAUCCAUUCAUACACAGAUAUUUCUACAGCGUUACCGUCCUUGUGUAAAUUCAAAUGUGGCAUAUAUUAA